CUCACCCUGAUGAGCCCUGCAUCCUCCUCUGACAGGGGCAAUGCAGAUUCCAACCCGAGGCCCAGCGUAGAGACCUCACAGGCAGGCCACUCUGUACCCGGGGGAGGCGGGGAGGGAGGGAGGGCAGGCUGCAGGGUUCCCCUUUGCCUGCAAAUAGGAACACAGGGUUUCUCAUUGGCUGCGAGGAUGCUGAUGAAAACCCCAGGAUCCUGAGUCAUCGUGGUGGCCAGCUGACAGCGAGCACUCAUCCUUGAACACUCGUGCAGGGGUAGGACGACCGUAGAAACUUCUCUCAGAUCCACGGCCCAAGCAGCCCAUGGCAUUUCAUAACCUGAGCUCUCCCUCUCCCCUUCCUUCUCUCUCUGCCUCCUCACUCCCUCCCUUCCUCCCUCCCUCUCCCUCCUCCUCCUCUCCCUCUGCCUUCACCACUGCCUUGGGGUCACCUGGAGAGGCCUCGGCUCCCGGCCACCUGGCCUCCUCCGUGGUGUCUGCCCUCCUGGCACCAGUCCUGAGCGUGGAAUUUGUCCUGGGCCUGGUGGGGAACAGCCUGGUCUUCUUCAUCUGCUGCUUCCACGCGCGGCCCUGGACGUCCAACACUGUGUUCCUGGUCAGCCUGGUGGUGGCCGACUUUCUCCUGAUCAUCAGCCAGCCUCUUUGUGUGGACUGCUACUUCCUCCACGAGCCCUGGCGCUUCGGGGCCACUGCCUGCAAAGUCAGCCCCUUCGUGAUCGCCACCAGCCGCUCAGCCAGCAUGGUCUCCCUCGGCCUGAAGGUGGUGCGGCCUCACCACGUGCUGAGCAGGGCCUCCGUGUGGGCAGCCGCCCAGGCGGCCGGGGGACUCGGGGGGGGCAUCCUGCUCCUCGACGGGCACCUGCUCCCGACCACCAAUUCCAGCCACUCCUGCCUCUGUUACCAGCUGGGCACGAGCCCCUCGGCCUCGCUCCGCCGGCACCAGGCCCUGUUCGUGUUGGAAUCCUUCCUGCCGCCGGUGCUCAUCCUCUUUGCCAUCGUGAAGGUCAUGCUCACCAUCCGCCGCCGAGGCCUGGACGCGGGCCCGCGGAGGGCCGUGUGCAUGCUGGCCGCGGUCGUGGCCAUCUACGCGGUCUGCUUCUUGCCCAGUAUCAUCUUCGGCAAAGCUUCCAUCGUGGCCUUCCGCCUGCAUGCCUGCCGCACCCUGGACAUCUGCUCGCAGCUCUUCCAUGGCUCCCUGGCCUUCACCUACCUCAACAGUGCCCUGGACCCCAGGCUCAACCCCAACUUCCUCUGCCAGGGCCGGGCCCUGCUGGGCCUCACCCAGGGCUGGCAGGCCUCCGCCAGCGACGAGAGCACCUACCAGCCCUCUGCCUGGCGCCGGGUGCCCUCUGGGAAGGUGGCAGCCGCAGGGAAGCUGUAGGCAGAGGUGUCGCAGGAGGUCUCGGGGGAGGGCUGACCAGGAAGGCCCUCCCAGGACGGGGGCCCUGCUGCGGCACCACAGGAGGGAGGACUGCCAGGCU